GGCAGCAACUCAUCGAGCGGCGUGGAGGAGGGAGCCGCCAGGGUGGACCACGCCUACAGCCUGCACGUCACCGCCCGCCAUGCACUAAGGGCUGUGGGCGUGCAUGACCGCCAACCAAAGACUCAGCCCAGAGGAAGAGCCAGGCCAGCACCACCACAGGGACAGAGGACGAUGAGGAGAGUGUUCCAACGCUGCUCCAACUCAAGGUUCAUAGGCCACACGCUGAGCCCUGCCAAGAUGUCCUGCCAGGUGGUCGGCCUCCACCCCUACACCUCCCACUGGUUCCUCCUGCUGCCCCACUACAAGGAUGUGCCAAGUAUGCCCUCCAGCCUGCAGUCCUUGGAUGAAACCCUCCACACUCUGACCUGUGUGUUGGCCCGCCAUGUGUACGCCCUCGGCCUCAGCAGUCUGCCGCUGGAGCGCGUCGGUGAACGGCGACUCGUCAGGAGGGGCUUCACCAAGCGCUCCGGCCUGGAUGUUAGUGCUGAGUGUUGCCUCCCAGAUAGUGAAGUCGCAAUCACCUAAGAUGGAAGCCUUGGGUCUGCCUGGGUCCCUGCUGCCGCUGUGGUCACUCUCCCAGCCCCUGCCCGUGCUGCAGCCCUCAGCCCCGACCUCACCCUCAUGAACUGCUCUGACGUGAAGGUGAGGAGAG